AGUUUUGAAGCGGUAUAAUAUGUUGAAAAUUAAACAUGAAAACGUUGAAACGGAUGUCAUUGAACCUCAACCGUUAGAUGUACAGUUCAUAAACAAUGGAGUUUCUACAACAAAGGAGUAUUUGGUAAAGAAUGUAGGCGACAAUACUUAUGAAGUUGAUGAGCGUUAUAAUAUAGCCAACAUUAAACACGAAACUGACGAAUUGGUGGACGAAACACAGCCAGACAUAAUUUGCAACGUGUGUUUGCAGUCGUUUACUUCUGAAAGGAAACUGAACCGUCAUGUAACAUCAUCACACAAUUGCAUUUCUAAUACCAAGGGUUAUUUGAUAAAGAAAGAAAUCGAAAAUACUUAUGGAAUUCAUUACCCGUGUAAACCGACCGAUUCUUCAAAUAAUACAAAACCCAUAGAUUGCAGUUUUAUUGAAACUAUAAAGAACAAUUCAGAGAAAAGUAUAUACAAAAUACGUCAGUUCGACUGCAAUAUAUGUCAAAAAAGGUUUACAACCAAAAGUAAAAUAAUCCGGCAUAUUGUGAAAUCGCAUUCCAGUACUUCCAUUGGAAAGAAAGCGCCUCGAAAAAAUAAAGUCGAUCAUCGAAACAGCAGAAUAAAAGGGUAUACUCGAAACAAUGAUGGCCUAUUUAAUUGUGGCAUUUGUUUAAAAAUGUUAUCAUCAAAAUCAAGCCUGAGAAAACAUUGGCGCAUUCAUACGGACGAUAAGCCCUUUAAAUGCAAUGUCUGUGAAAAAACAUUCAGUCAACAAAUUAAUCUGGAGACACAUGCACGUAUACAUACCGGAGAGAAAUCCUUUAGAUGCAAUUUCUGUGAAAAAACAUUUGGUCGACAAACUACCCUCAAAGUUCAUGAAAGGAUACAUACCAGAGAAAAACCCUAUAAAUGUAAUAUCUGUGAAAAAACAUUUCGUCACUGGUCUUCACUCAAAACUCAUAAAAGGAUACAUACCGGCGAGAAACCUUUUAAAUGCGAUGUCUGCGAAAAAACUUUUGGUCGACAGUCUUACCUGAAAACUCAUAAAAGGAUGCAUACUGGCCAGAAACCCUUUAAAUGCGAUGUCUGCGAAAAAAGAUUUGGUCAAAGAUCUGCCCUCAAAACUCAUGAACGCAUACAUAUUGGUGGGGUACGAUAUAAAUGCUUCGUCUGUGAAAAAUCGUUUGGUCGCCAAGAUAAUCUCAAAAGGCAUCAAGCAAAAGCACACGACUAAAGCCUUUACAUACCUCAUAUUAUACCUUUCAUGACUAUUUGGCUGUUUUGAAAUAGUUUUGAUAACGAUUUUUUAUUAUUUUGCUUUUUAUUUCACCUACGAAUUAAUGAUAAACGAGUAUACUUACAAAUUUUUUUUGAUAGUUUUUUAAUGUUCACUAUCGUUCAACUGAUCAUUAAUUUGACGUUUUCUAUUUGACUUAUAAUUCUUUUAACAGACUAAAUACAUUAUUUAGUUCCAUAAUACACUUGAAAAAUAGUAGAUAAUAUUGUU